AUUACAUUUAUUGCAGUUUAAUAUAUUAACUGUUGAGAAAUGGAGUAUAUGCUAACUAAGUAGAAAAUCACCUGUUAUUGAGAAGAAGUUUUCCAUCUGCAGAAAGGGUGAAUAUGUUUUACAGAAUAUUCCUAUUGCUCGCUAUCGCUCCUGUUACAUUUGGCAGCGAUGGGAAGAAUCAUUUUUCAAGAUUUGAUGGCUGGUAUAAUAACCUUUUUCACACUGAAUGGGGCACUCCAGGUACUGCUAUUUUCCGCAUUGCAAACGAAGACAAUAUUUUUGGAACACAAUCGAAUGUUCCGAAUUCGAGAAGAAUAAGUGACGCUUUUCGAAGCGUAGAAGAUGGCGUUCUCUCAACAAGCCGACAAUCUGUCAUGUUACCGUUUUUUGCUCAGAUGAUAGUAGAUGAUAUAGUCGAUACCAGACGUGUUGCUUGCCCAGCUGAAUACUUGAACAUUCGGGUGCCAAACACUACAAACAAUGAUGAAAAAAUUAUGCCUGUCUACAGAUCUAAGUUUGACAAAAAGUCUGGAUCUUCAGUCAAUUCACCCAGAAACUUGGCAAAUGAAGCCACGUCUUGGUUGGAUGGAAGUACCAUAUAUGGCCCCAGUCAAUCCUGGUCUGAGCACCUGCGAGAAUUCAGAAGAGGAAGGUUGAAUUCUCAAGGAAAUACGACGGAAUUUCCUACAUUUAAUUACAAUAAAAUUCCCUUAAUCAAUCCGACAUUAGAUAGAAGUCAACAUCCAAUGAAAAGAAAUCCUGCGGAGCUUCUGAGUUUCGGAAACCCUCGUGGAAAUGAGAACGUAUUUUUAAUGGCAGUCGGGAUUAUUUGGUUUCGCUAUCAUAACUUCCUUGCCCAAAGAUUUGCAAGCGAGAAUCCGGGAUGGCCAGAUGAAAAGGUAUUCGAAAACGCGAGAAGAUGGACUGUUGCGACUUAUCAGAACAUAGCUCUGUACGAAAUGUUGCCAGCGCUAGUGGAAAACUUCACUGUUCCUGCAUACGAAGGAUAUAAUUCUUUACUUGACCCGGCAAUAACAGCAGAGUUUUCUGCCGCAGCAAUGAGGAUUGGUCAUAGUAUGAUUCCUGCUGGAGUGUCCUUGAGGCGGCGAAACUGCAGCGUUGUCAAUCCACUACCGGCAGAAUACAUGAUGUCCGCUGGGGAGCCGGCACUGAGGCUUUGUAACACAUAUUGGCAACUGCAGGGGGCAAUUACAAAACAUGGUAUUGAUGACAUUAUUCGAGGACUGAUUUCACAAACUGCGGAGAGGGCAGAUCAUAUGAUUGUUGACGAUUUAAGAGAUUUUCUAUAUGGUCCUCUAAAGAGAUCGAGAAUGGAUUUACUUGCAUUAACCAUUGAACGAGGUAGAGAUGCGGGAUUAGCAAGUUACAACAAUGUGCGACGAAGUUUGGGACUUUCUGAAAUAAGGAGUUUUUCACAAUUUACUGGAGUUCCGGAUUUGGUCCUUGCAAGUAUCACCGAAGUAUAUCGAAAUAACACCAAUCUUUUGGAAGUAUAUGUUGGCGGUAUCUUGGAGUCCGCAGCGAAUAACAACGGAGCAGAUUCGCUUUUUGGUCGGAUUAUAAUUGAGCAGAUGGUCCGAUUAAGAAAUAGCGAUAGAUACUGGUUCGAAAACGUGGAAGAAGGAUAUUUUUCAAGGAAUAAUAUCAGUGAAAUUCGAAAUACCACGUUUCGCGACGUCAUAAUUGCCACUACUUCAAUUGAAGCAGACGAACUUCAACGAGAUAUUUUUUUCACUAGAGGUAAUCCGUGUCCUGCUAUUACUGUCGUGAGUUCGAAUUUUACUCGACCUUGCACUGCAAACAAAGGAAUGAACUUUUUUCAAGGGUAUUGGGGAAAGCUAGCAGGAUCGAUUAUACUUAUGAUUCUUUUACCGAUAUUGUCGUACAUCGUGAUGUGCGGUAUUGCAAAGCGAAAUGUGAGCGAGCAAAAGAAGGAGCAGACAAUCGUAAGAAAAAAAAUCCGAAAGCAAUCUACUCGACUUUGCAGCACGGGAAAUACUGAUGAAAACAUGGAUAACAACAUGUUUACUGGUUUCGAAAUUGAAGGAAAAAACAAAUCAAAGCCAAUUGUUGUGACUAUGAAGGGGAAAGUUAUGAAAAUAUUGAAUAUGUGUGGCACAACUCUCAGAAGAUUGAACGUGGAAAAAUUUAACAAAGCUCACUUAUUGCUCUCUCAAAAUAAGGGGAAAACAAUGAUGGUUAUUCGAGUACCCAAAGAAUAUGAUGUAGUAAUAAGAUUCUCGGGGCAGAGUGAAAGAGACGCAGCGCGAAAUAUAGUUCAAAGUUUUUUAACGCAAACCGGUGUCAACGUAUCUUGUUUUGGAAUUUCUGAAAAGGAAUUACUUGCAGAAGCUGUCACAAAGGAAACUAGACAAGAACUUUUAGACGAUUUCUUCCGGAGAGUGUUCGGUGAAGUUCUGAAUAUAAGUCAAAUGAGUCCACGAAAAAAAGGUCAUUCCAUUCCCAAAUUAGCAAGCACUGAAAAGAACUUGAGAGAAGAUAUUGCGGAUUGUGAAUUAACAGAAGCUGAGUUUGCUGAGACACUUGGAAUGAAAUCAGGAUCGCUCUUUGUAAAACAGAUGUUUGAGAUGGCUGACACCGAUAAAAGCGGAUAUUUAUCAAUGCGUGAAGUAGCGGAUUUGAUGGUUAUUCUCAUGAAUGGUACCCCAGAACAGAAGGCUAAAAUGUUGUUUGAUAUGUACGACGUGGACAAAAGUGGCCAGAUAUCACGAAAUGAAGGACGACUGAUGAUCAAGUCUUUCUUGGAAAUGGCUUCGUACAGAUCUGAGGGUGAUGAGAUUGAAGAGGCUAUAGAAGCUAUUUUUCGUCAAUGUGGAGUAGGUGACAAAGAAAGUUUGACCGAGGAAAUAUUUACCAAUGUUUUAAUGAAAGAUCACAGAGAUGCAUUUGCUCGUGCCAAACUCAACCUUCCUGGUGUGAAACAAGCCACGACAAGAAAAAACACCAUUGCGAAAGAACGACAACCGUCUGGAAAACAAAAAGAACUUGCACCACAACUAUCCGUGAUGAGAAAUCGUAAGAAAAGCAAAACAACAGAUGCCAUGUCAAAACAAACCAGCAGGAUCACAUUGAUGUCAGAGACCAAUAUAGAGGAUUACACAGGCUGGAGGAAUUACAUCAAGAUUUUUAAGCGAUUUGUUGAAAACAACAGACGUCAUAUAUUCUGCAUCGUAAUAUUUUAUUCUAUUACUGCAGCUCUUGUUAUCGAGCGAGCUACCCAUUAUGCUCUUAAAAGCGAACAUACUGGCAUACGUCAAAUCACUGAGUGGGGGUUGAUAAUCAGCCGAGGAGCAGCAGCUGCGAUAUCCUUCCAUUUUUCAAUCAUUCUUCUGACAAUGUGUCGAAACUUGAUCACCUUCUGCAGAGAAACCUUUUUGAACAAUUUCAUUCCGUUCGAUGCAGCGGUUGCUUUUCACAAACAAAUUGCAUAUGUUGCAAUAGUUGAAACCGGUUUUCACGUAUUCGGACAUAUCAUUAACUUCUAUCAUCUAAGUGUUCAUCCUCUUCCUGCGCUGGCGUGCGUAUUUCCAAAAUUACUGGUGGACGAUGGAUCUGAUCUGCCACCGCCUCUAGUUUGGUGGCUUUAUAAAACAAUUACUGGAUUCACUGGAAUACUGUUGGUGGCCGUGCUGUCAGUAAUUUAUGUCUUUGCAAUGCAGUACUCUCGGAGAUAUUGCUUUCGAGCCUUCUGGAUGACGCAUCAUCUUUUUGUGGUUCUAUUCAUUCUCAUGAUCUUGCACGGAUCGGUCGGAUUGAUUCAAUCUCCUCUAUUCCACUUCUAUCUUGUCGGACCUGCAUUCAUAUUUACAGUUGAUCAACUGAUAACUUUGAGUCGUUCAAAAGUUGAUACAGCGGUAGUGAAAGCUGAUCCUCUGCCUUCGGAUGUUCUUAAUCUCGUAUUCAAACGUCCAACUGGAUUUGAUUAUCGAUCAGGGCAAUGGGUCAGGAUAGCUUGCUUGUCUCUUGGAACAACUGAAUAUCAUCCAUUCACUCUUACGUCAGCUCCACACGAGCAACACCUAUCGGUACACAUAAGAGCCGUAGGACCAUGGACGAAGAAUGUACGUAGAAUUUAUCAAGAAGCAAGAGACCAGAAAUUGGCAUAUCCAAAGCUGUAUCUGGACGGUCCGUUCGGAGAAGGUCACCAAGAUUGGUACAAGUACGAAGUAUCUAUACUCGUCGGUGCAGGAAUCGGAGUCACACCAUUUGCUUCCAUAUUAAAAGAUAUUGUGCAAAAAUAUAAAACCAGCAAGGGAUUUCAAAUCGCAUGUAAAAAGGUAUACUUCAUUUGGGUAACGCGAACUCAACGCCACUUCGAAUGGUUGACGGACAUAAUACAAGACCUUGAAGAUGCGGAUCGAGAACACAUGGUGGACACACAUAUUUAUAUCACACAGUUUCAUCACAAAUUUGACUUGAGGACAACAAUGUUGUACAUAUGUGAAAGAUUCUUCCAAAAAGAAGCCAACAAAAGCCUAUUCACGGGACUUCAAGCAACUACCCAUUUUGGUCGGCCACAGUUUAGAUCAUUUUUUGAAGCUCUGCAGGGACUUCAUGAAGAGGUGAAACAAUUCGGAGUGUUCAGUUGCGGUCCACCUGGACUAACCAACGACGUAGAAUCGUCUAGCAAAGAUAUCAAUCGCAGAGGAAAAUCACAGUUUCUGCAUUUCUUCGAAAACUUUUAGCUUUAAAAUACCAACACAAAUGCGUCGCUUAACAAUUGACAGUUUUUCCUCAAAUCCUGAUCUCGCGUUGGAAUGUCAGUCAACAUGAUGUAAAUACUGACAUAGAUGAACCUUUUAGUACUGACGCAUUUUUUCACCAUUUGUCUUUUUAUAUAUCAUAGCAUAUUUUCUUGUGUGUCCUGUUCAAUAACAACAUCGUACAACUAGAAUAUAAACUUGCCCUUUUUAAAA